CAAACUUGUUUCAGGAAAAAGCGCCUGAACGUUUUUUUUUUUCUCUCUCCCUUCGCUAGAAGAAACAGGACAGCCGCCGCCUCCGUGCCAAGGAGAAGGCGUAGACUUCCUCCAAACAUUUCCUUCGCCAUCUCCGCUUUCGAGACUCAAAAGUUCUUGUGGAAUCUAUUUUGAAUUUGGAGAGGAGUUUUUUUUUUUACACCUUUACCGCCUCAACACCACCUGUUUAUUUUCCUUUUUCUUUGCUCUAAAAACAACAGAGAGGAGCUGAACGUUUGCGGAUAUGGACUGGGGAACAGACCUUUGGGACCAGUAUGACCACAUUGACAAGCACACGCAGUCAGGUCUCGACCUGGUGGAGCGAUACAUAAAGUUUGUGAAGGAACGGACAGAGAUUGAACAAAGUUAUGCCAAGCAACUCAGAAGUCUUUCAAAGAAGUAUGCUAAACGAGGGAGCAAAGAAGAACAAGACUGCAAAUUCAGCAAUCAUGCAUCGUUACAGGAGAUCCUGAAUGAGCUGAAUGAUUACGCCGGCCAACGGGAGCUCAUUGCUGAAAACAUGAUAACCGGCAUCUGUGUGGAACUCACCAAAUACCUUCAGGAUCUCAAACAGGAACGCAAAACACACCUGUCUGAUGCCAAGAAAGCCCAGCAGAAUCUAGAGAGCAGCUUUAAACAACUAGAAAGUACUAAGAAGCGCUUUGCAAAGGAGUGGGCCGAGGCCGACAAAGCCACACAACAAGCAGAGAAAACAGAGAGCGACCUCAAUGCCACCAGACUGGAUGUUGAAAAGGCCAAGCAGCAUGCCCACUCCCGCACACACACAGCGGAGGAGUGCAGGAACGACUACGCUGCUCAGCUCCAGAAAUACAACAAGGAACAAAACUUCUUCUACUACACAGAGAUACCACAGAUCUUCAAUAUGAUGCAGGACAUGGACGAGCGGAGGAUUCGGAAGCUGGCAGAGGGUUACGGCCAGUUUUCAGAGAUAGAGAAGAAAGUGCAGCCCAUCAUUUCCAGGUGUUUAGAAGGAAUCUCUGCAGCAGGUGUAAAAAUAAAUGAGAAACAGGACUCACUUCUGUUUAUAGAGCAGCACAAGUCCGGUUUUGAGCGACCUGGAGAUGUGGAGUUUGAAGACUACAGCCAAGGUAUCAAACCAGCGACCUCUGACUCAAGUCUAAACCCACCCAAAGUGCGUGCCAAGCUCUGGCCUUUCAGCAAGAAGAACAAGAUAACGCAUGCUGAAAAACUCAUGCCACCUGCUGCGGAAGAUUUCUCUCAUUUUCCUCCGGAGCAGCAGAAGAAGAGGCUGCAGGCGAAGAUUGAUGACAUCACCAAAGAGCUGCAGAAAGCGCAGGAUCAAAGUGAUGCUCUGGAGAAGAUGAAGGGUGUGUACGAGCAGAAUCCACAGAUGGGAGACCCCUCCAGUCUGGAGCCACAGAUCACAGAAACUUCCCAGAACAUCGGCCGCCUGAGGGGGGACCUCACAAAAUAUGAGACGUGGCUGUCGGAAGCAGUUGGAGGAGAAGAAGCUGCCAACACCAUCAACAAUAACACUCAACAUGGUGUUGUAGCGGCUAACCCCACUCAGAACAUCUACACAGAAUUUGAAGACGAGUUUGACGACAUAGAAAGUCCUAUCGGCCAGUGCACGGCUCUGUAUACAUUUGAAGGCCACAGUGAGGGCACGGUUUCCAUUACUGAGGGAGAGCUGUUGAGUAUAAUGGAAGAGGAUAAAGGAGAUGGGUGGAUGAGAGUCCUUAGAUCCAGUGGAGAAGAGGGCUAUAUACCUUCAUCCUAUGUGAAACUUGGCCCAUAACAUUCACACCGUCACAUAAACUUAGAGCUUGUGGUGGAAAGUUUAGAGUCAGAGGUGAAUUCAAAGUCAUCCACGAUAAUUGGAGCUGUUCUCUCCAUCUUUUACCUCGGCCAGUGACGUGUAUGGUGAGAUGAAAGUGAGUGAUUAUAAAGCUCGUUAUCAAGGCUGACUGCAAUUAUCCCACACUCCGUGCUUUGUCUCUAUGCAGUAGCAAAGUCUGUCUCCAAACAAAGAUGGUCAUUCCUCUCUGAUCUUUCUAGAUUUCAGCUCUGUUAAAAACCAAACAUUUGAAUGUAUACCUGAACUUUUUGUCACUGUGUUUAGUGACGACGCCUGUAUCAUAAUCAACUUCAUUUUUGUUAUGUCAAUAUAUCCACUAACUUGACUUUCCCAUUGCCACUUCUAAUAACGUGCUGAACUUGUUCUGUUUAUUACACUAACCUUCUACAAAAAGCUAUUUACUGACAGAAUAAUGAGGGUUGUUUUUUUUUAAAUCAUGGGAGUGUUGACGUUAUAUGACGUGUAACUGGAUGAAAACCACUGCUAGACAGGGAUUUCUGGAAAUAUAAAACGCCUCCAUAGAGCUGUCAUUUUUAAUCAUAGGUUCCACUUUUCUGUUUGUGUCAUUUUUACCCCCAAUUAUGCACAGUCAUUUUCAGACACCGUGUGGUCUCUCAAUAAAAACAAAAUGUUAGUAGUGUGGGAUCAUGGGGGUUCAAGUCUUAACUGUUUUACAAACCACUAUUGCAGAUCAAAAUAUCCCUCACAUGGUUCCAACAGAGAACAUGUUCAGAAACAGGUAACCUUUAAAUGUUUCAGUCCUGUUAAAUCCAGUCUAGUUUUGUAAUUUCAGUCUAUUAAAACAGCAGCAAGUAAAGUUUGCUUAGGUAAAUAGUAAAUAGUGCCGAUAUAAUUUCCUACUGUCUUCGACAUUUUGCCUGCUGCUGUCUUUGUUUUUUGGAACCAGGGAUGACAUUACUUGGAAUAACAGCUAGAUACAACAAGGUUUAGUUUAUUGGCUCAAAUCAGAUGAGUAGUAGAUAUGAGUCAAAUAAACAUUCAACCGCUGUACAUUUGUCAUAAAUGUAGAAAUUAGCUAUAGGGACCAAACUUUUUUGAUGUUGUGCAUGGCUGCAAGCGUGUAUUUCAGCUGUUUAGUUAACUUUUUAACAUGGGAGGUCUAUGGGGAUAAACUUGCUAUUGAAGCCAGCCCCAAGUGGCCAUUUGAAGAACUGCACUUUUGUGCAUUUCCUUGUUGGCUUAAUUUUAUAGCAGAUUAAAUAUUUAAGACUCUGAAAGAUGCCUUCUGAAUCUGAGUGAUAAAGUUUCAAAUAAGCUUUUGAAUAUAUUUAUGUUCACACAGAAGAAGAGCUGUGAGUUUGAAUCCCUAUCACCUGCAUUUUAAGUGUUUAAAGAACUUUAAAUGGCCCGUAAGAGCAGGAGGAACUAUUAAGGCAAGCAAGAAAACUGUUAAACUACAUCCUGGCAUGUGUGAAUAGUUUAAAGAAGAAUGUGAACCUAACCUUAUAACUCUGUACUUUAAUUACAAUUUCUCUGCUAAAGCAAAUUUGCACAAAAUGUUUUGUUUUUGUGAAUUAAAGAAACAAAUAUGGAAUAAAUAGCACAAUAGCAAUAA